UCAGACCUCUAGUAUCGAUUUCAAGUCCUGGGAUUUAUUUACUGCACUCAGCUUGACCAGCCUGUGCAUUCUUCCAUGGACAAACGACGUUCAUCCUUCGUCCACAACCCUCUCCCUCUUGUGACCGAUCGACAGCCACGGUCCAACAUGCCGGAUCCCGGAGAUGACAGCCUGGGCCCUAUGAUGGAUGAUGACUUCACAGAGAGCGAUACCAGCAAAAGCCUCGAUGACAUGGGCCCUCAGAGCUCCAUGGGGGCACAGAAUAUGUCAACAGUCCCUGAUGCUGGAGCAAAAUACGACGCCCUCGACGGCAUGAACCGACAGCUUUUGAACACGAGCGCUGGAUACCCGGCCCAGAUGUGUGACGCUGAACCCAUGGAUGCUACACAAGACACCAAUGUCCGCGAUUUCUCCAGUGAAGAUGAGAUAAGCGAAACACUCUAUGGCAGGGAUGGGUCAAUGUAGACGGC